CGGGUGGAUGUGUCGCUCGGUUUAUCAUUGUUUUUACGUUACGAAAUCUUAGUGAAAUGUGAUAGUGGUUAUAGUUAAUAGUGAUGUGUCAAAAAUAUGUGUUUAGAAUCAUUCUUGUGAUAAGUGUUUCAUAUGGAAAAGUUACUAAUGGAGGUACAGACCAAACGACGGAAAAAGAAACCCGACCGGAAUACAUUCAUCCAGACGGUCUUAUUAACUUUGAUCCUUACCUUUCGGACUUUAAGCAAGAAGUUGUUGAGGACGACUAUAUUCCCAUACCAGAAAACGACGAAACCGUUGAUGGCUUACCAAUCUUUUUACUCGAUCCAAAGAACUCAUACGUACAACGAACGAAGCCCGCAACCCUGGUUUGCAGGGCUGCGAACGCCUUACAAGUAUUCUUUAAAUGCAAUGAUGUGAGAAUAGAAAAAACUGUACAAUUCGAGCACGUGGACCCCCAGAAUGGUGUUAGGGUUGUCGAGGCCGAGUUAAAUGUAACGAGAAAUGAAAUAGAUGAAUAUUAUGGUGGCAAGUACAGUUGCGAUUGUUACGCGUGGAAUAGCAAAGGAAGGAUCCGAAGUCAGGCUGUUUUCAUUGAAUAUGCUUAUAUCAAGAAGCAGUUUGUCCAAUAUCCCCAAUCCGUCACUGUGGAGGCGGGAAAACAGGCCACCUUCCGCUGCAGCCCACCGCCUGCUGCGCCACCAGCUACCAUCAAAUGGUUGAGGAACGGCGUUCCGGUGGACGCCGCUGAUGAGAUGUUGGUUCUUCCGAAAGUUAAAUUACAGGACAUGGCUAACUACACGUGUAUAGCAGAGAACAUCGCUGGUAGAAGAGAGUCAGACAUGGCUGUGUUGUCCGUUUAUGUGAACGGAGGCUGGUCAGAGUGGUCUCCUUGGGUCCCGUGCCGAUGUGGAUCCCAGAGCAGUGGAAGGCGGAGAACCAGGACGUGUUCUGAACCAGCACCGGUUAAUGGGGGAGCGCCUUGUAGGGGUCAGUCCUCGCAGAGUGAUGACGACUGUCUGAAGUGCCAGAAUGGUUCCUGGUACCCCUGGAGUGCCUGGUCUACCUGCAGCGAGGACUGUGUCAGAGUCCGACGUCGGCAGUGUUCUGGAUCUUGUUUAACUGGCUCCACAAUGCAACACGCCGCGUGUGUUGACGGCUUGUGUUCUUCUGGUAUGCAUUUAUACAAAAAUAAUUUGACAAUGUACGUGGGUAUCGGAAUCACAAUAGCCAUGUUAUGUGCUGGAGGUGUCAUUUUGUAUGUAUGGUGCAAGUACAGGGCGCGACCUGGAUAUACUGCUGCAAGAGCUGGACUACCCAAAACCUACUCUCGGGACAAGGGAAGUACCGGACCAGACCUAACAAGAACGUGUAACGAAUACUGGAUGCAACGACCCGAUAACCAGUAUGACAUGCCACAGAUGAGGGACAGUUAUUCGUCGCCGUUCGGCAACCGCACUCAUCAUUCGAGUAACCACUACGAGAUGAAGCCCUACAGCCCCUCAGGUGACUCCGCAUCCAGUUGUUAUACCAACUCUAGAACAAUGACAUCACGAUCCAGCGAGUGUUCGUCACAACUGGCGGAAUUGGUGACGUCAUCGCCCUCGCUGUCAAAGGUCGAUGUUGCUGUCACCCUACCGCCUCACACCAUGGAGAGCUAUAGGGACAAAAUAUGUUUAACCAUAGUAAAAUAGAUUCAUAGAUAAAUGUGAACUCGUCUAUUUUAAUUGUACGUAAAAUUAUUGUUUUCUUUUAAAGAAAUGGGGAAAAUAAUUUUAUAUAAUUGAUAUUCAUUUUUGUAAGCUAAAGCCUCAGAAAUUUUCCUUUUGUAUUUAUGCUAAAUGCCAUUUUCAAUUUUUUCAUGAAAAAUUCUAAAUAAAUUUGAUAGGCAAGGCACUUGCGAGCCUUCUGCCCAUGGGCGGCGGUAUUAAUAUGAGGCGAACCACCUGUUUGCCUCAUUUUACAUAAAAAAUAUGACCGAACCAAAUAAAUUUUAAAUAAGUGUUUAUCAUUGCUUAAAACAGAAGUAGAAGUUUUGUACCUCGUGCCUAUCAUAACAUGGACUGAAGGAUGACGUGAUCUGCUGGAAAAAAGCAUUUUCAUUGACGAAACAGAUUUAUAAUAUAUUAGAAAACGUUUGUAAUAUUAUCAGAAUGACGUUCGUCACUAAAACCAACUGUUCCUGUCAUUUCCAUUUAAAAAUCUUGGAAUUAUAUACAACGGAUCAGUAGCUUUUUAAUUGUUAUUAUUUUAAUUUCGUAUAUAAUAUAAUAAUUAGGGUUUUUGUAUCCAAAUCUUUGUUAUAUCGUACUAAUAUACACAAUAGUACCUUGAUAUACGAGCAACCGAUUAAGCGAUAUUUUGCUUUGAGAUAAGCAAGAUUUGAGAUACGAGGAAUCGCAAACUAACACUAACAGUUUCUCCCACCUCAGAAUAGACUUUUGUUGGCUUUUUUCCCUCGAUUUCGAAGCAUUGUUGAUGGGUUCGCGGUUUUUGCUUUUUGUACAUUUACAAAACUUUGUAACGAAGAAGACUACUAAACUACUUACUAAAAACUCUUAACAACAACAACUGAGCUGUAGGAAUGGAUUGUCAUGUCAUUUCUAUUAAUAGGGAAAACUGUUUUUGAUAUACAAGAAUUAAUGAACCUCGUAUGUCGAGGUAGUUGUUGUAAGCAUUAUCCUUCCUAAUUUUUGUAUGAAUUUUGGCGUCUCUUAAAAUGUUUAAUUUAAUUUAUUGUUAAUCUUAAUUAGGGUUUUGUUAUUUUAAUAUUAGUUUAAUGUACAACGAAAGCUUAUUAAAUUGCUGCCUAAAUAAAUGCAUUUUUUUAAAGACUGAAUAUCGAGCUGAUGUCUGACGCUCUCCGCAUAAACGUUAAGACAAGCUUUUGUCAUUUAAAAAUUGUAGUGGAGGGCUUAAUAUACAAAAUGUUUCUAGUAGUG